UCCACAAUUUUAUCCAUGUAUUGUUUGUUUAUAUUAUGUGGACUAGGUUUGAUUUUUUGUCAUGCUGAUGCAUGUAGUUACCCAUACCGACGAGUUGGUAAAGGAUGUUAUCUUAUACAAAAAGAUAAUAUAUCAGGCGAUGAUGCUUUUGCAAAAUGCUUACGACGUGGUGCAUAUCUGGCGAACUUUGAAACCCUAAAUGAAGCAAUGUUGAUGAAGUAUGAACUCUUAAAAAUGAACACAGGUGUGCAUUAUUAUGUCGGUGCACGUAACAUCAAUAGAUAUAAGACCGGUGGUGAUUGGAGAUGGAUCAAGAAGGACGGCGAGAUGGUCAAAAUGACUUACUUUGCAUUUGAUGGUGGAGAACCAAAUGGAUCAUUCAGUUCACCGGAAGAUUGCAUGCUUUUCCUUGGUUCUAGACGAUACAGGUUCCACAAUGUUUGGUGCGCAAACGGUGGUUUACUUGGAGGUUAUAUUUGCGAAAAAUAAAUUAAUUAUAAAAUAU